UAAAACUGUUCUCACCAUCCACUCUUCUCAUCUCUGCGGCGUCUCGACCCCGCAUUUCCUUCUUAAUAGCUUUUGCUGUUAUUUUCACGGAUAAUUAUCUUAAUUAAUUUCCUUCUAAUACUAUUUAGCUUCUGUGGAGGAAGCACAUUUUGGGUUAGGAGAUUUUUCUACAUUUGAGAAAAUGAUUACAUAUGAGCAAGAACAUGAUUUUGUUAACUGGGGUUUGCAACUUUUCAAUAGUGAUCCUUAUCCUAACUGUGGAUAUGGCUGUGUGAUAACUCAAGAAGACGACCAGUAUUAUCCUGGAAAUUAUUUCAAGGAGGAUCAUUAUGACGCGGGAAAAUGUUGCAAUGUAGAAAAUGAUGAGGCUAUUGCUCAUACUCUUCAACUUCAAGAACUGUCACAACUUGCGGUGGUGGGAUCUCCAAACCAAGUACAGGAAGAAGAAUUGCAAUUGCAAGUGUCUGGUUAUCCACAAGAUUGUGUUGAUCAGUCUGUUGGGGACUUUGGUUCUGGGCAAGAUUGUGGUGAGGAAGAGCAAGAUGAUACAGUGCCUUCCAGUUCAUGUUCUAGCUCUGAAGAAAAGUUGUUCUCUGAGGAGGAUUGGUCAUAUUCAUUGGAGUUAACAGAUGAGUAUGCUCUUGAUGGUGAAGUGGGGAAAAGGCUGAACCAGAUGGUUCCUGUUCCUCAUGUUCCAAGAAUCAAUGGUGAAAUACCCUCAGUUGAUGAAGCAACUUUAGAUCAUCAAAGGCUACUGGAAAGAUUGCAGGUCUAUAAUUUGGUGGAGCUAAAAGUUGAAGGAGAUGGUAACUGUCAGUUCCGUGCUCUAUCUGAUCAAUUUUAUCGAACACCUGAGCAUCAUGAAUUUGUGAGACUGCAAGUUGUAAAUCAGCUUAAAUCUUGUCCAGAUGUAUAUGAGGGGUAUGUUCCCAUGGCAUAUGGUGACUAUCUGGAGAAGAUGUCCAAGAAUGGUGAAUGGGGUGAUCAUGUCACUUUGCAGGCUGCUGCAGAUUCAUAUGGUGUUAAAAUAUUUGUCAUAACAUCUUUCAAGGAUACUUGCUACAUGGAGAUUCUUCCAAAGGUCCAAAGGUCAAAACGAGUUAUUUUUUUGAGCUUUUGGGCAGAGGUGCACUACAACUCAAUAUAUCCAUUUGCAGACGCCCCUGCACUUGGGACUAAGAAGAAAAAAAAGUGGCGAAUUUUUCGCAACAAGCAUUUGAAGUCACCAGAUGAAUAUCAAUAUUGAAUGUGCUGACAACUUAAACUACUGUUUCUUUUAUCGUGCUUGUUGCUUUUGCUAGAAGCUCAUCUUUCGCACCUGCUAGUUUCUACCAUGUUGAUUCAAUGUUGUUUUUAGGCACAGACAGCAAAGCAAGGGCUGAGACUGUAAAUUUCUACCAUCUUGCUUCAAUGCUGCAGUAGACUGUAAAUUUCUUGUAUGCAAACCUAUCCUCAUUUAUUUUUUCAAAUAAACAAUGUUUUCCCUAAUGUAUGACUUGCAAGCUUGUUGUGCAUGCACUA